AUGACCAACUCCAACUCCAACGGCAUGGUUGAAUCUGCGCAGCAAGAUCUGCCUUCUAUGCCCAAGCUGCAGGACAUCCUUCCUUCUUUCCGCCUGGAUGGCCAUGUGACUAUCGUUACCGGUGGCUCCGGCGGUCUCGCACACACCCUGACCCAGGCGUUGCUCGCCCAAGGGUCCGACGUGGCCCUGCUUGACCUGAGCGUCGAGCGCCUGGAGUACACCCAGCGUGAGCUGCAGGAGUUCGCCAGAGCCAACAACCUCAACAAGGUCACCAUCUCCGCGUGGCCCUGCGACAUCGGUGAUGCCGCCAUUGUCGAGGAGGUUGUGCGCGCGAUCCCUCUAAAGCACAACGGCAUUGUCCCCGACAAGUUGAUUCACACCGCUGGUUACUGCCAGAACAUCCCAGCCAUGGAUUACGAUGCCCGCCAGGCCGAGGCCGUGGUGCGCGUCAACCUCAUGGGCUCUCUCUACAUCUGCCAGUCCAUGUCUAGACAAUUGCUCCAGAAGUCUCAAAGACGUAAGUCCGUCUCCUCGGACUCCAGCGAGGCGGGUGAGGCUGUUCCCCAGUUCCCACACGCCUCUUACGUUCUCAUUGGCUCCAUGUCCGGCUGUAUUGUUAACAACCCACAGCCACAGGUCGCUUACAACAUGUCCAAGGCUGGCGUCAUCCACAUGGCCCGCUCUUUGGCUUGCGAGUGGGCUCGUUACGGUAUCCGUGUGAACUCCAUCUCUCCAGGCUACAUUGCCACUGCGCUAACCAAGAAGGUUAUCUCUGGUUCUCCAGAAGGUGCUGCCUUGCAGCAGGAGUGGACUUCCCGUGUGCCAAUGGGCCGUAUGGCUGACCCUCGUGAGUUCGUCGGUGCCAUGCUCUACCUACUCAGCUCCUCGGCUUCCAGUUACACCACAGGUGAGAACCUUGUUGUCGAUGGUGGAUACACCUGUUGGUAA